AUGAAGAUAUUUUAUUUUCAUUUUAAAAAAUUAUCGCUUUUUUCUGUUUAUUUCUCCUUGAAUUUUACACUUCUUUCUAUUAUUUCUCUGUCCCUUCUUCAUCAUCUUUUAUUCUUCUUCUUCUUCUCCCCCCCUUUCAUUAAUGCCCGCCUUAUAUUUCUUUCUCUAUCUUUAAUUCCUUCCUUUAUAAUUUUUCCAAAUAUUUUCUCUCUUUUUUUCCUGCAUCAAUCUUCUUUCUUUCUUUCUUUCUUGCAUCAAUUAAUUCCAUUCUUUCUUACGUUAAUUACGCUUUCUUUCUUUCUUUCUUUCUUUCUUUCUUUCUUUCUUUCUUUCUUUCUUUCCUACUUUCUUUCUUUCUUUCUUACCUUCUUACGUCAAUUACGCUUUCUUUCUUUCUUUCUUUCUUUCUUUCCUUCUUUCUUUCUUUCUUUCUUACCUUCUUACGUCAAUUACGCUUUCUUUCUUUCUUUCUUUCUUUCUUUCUUUCUUUCUUUCCUUCUUUCUUUCUUUCUUUCUUACCUUCUUACGUCAAUUACGCUUUCUUUCUUUCUUUCUUUCUUUCUUUCUUUCUUUCUUUCUUUCCUUCUUUCUUUCUUUCUUUCUUACCUUCUUACGUCAAUUACGCUUUCUUUCUUUCUUUCUUUCUUUCUUUCUUUCCUUCUUUCUUUCUUUCUUACGUUAAUUACGCUUUCUUUCUUUCUUUCUUUCUUUCUUUCUUUCUUUCUUUCUUUCUUACGUCAAUUACGCUUUCUUUCUUUCUUUCUUUCUUUCCUUCCUUCUUUCUUUCUUUCUUUCUUUCUUACGUCAAUUACGCUUUCUUUCUUUCUUUCUUUCUUUCUUUCCUUCUUUCUUUCUUUCUUUUUUACCUUCUUACGUCAAUUACGCUUUCUUUCUUUCUUUCUUUCUUUCUUUCCUUCUUUCUUUCUUUCUUUCUUACCUUCUUACGUCAAUUAUGCUUUCUUUCUUUCUUUCUUUCUUUCCUUCUUUCUUUCUUUCUUUCUUUCUUACCUUCUUACGUCAAUUACGCUUUCUUUCUUUCUUUCUUUCUUUCUUUCUUUCCUUCUUUCUUUCUUUCUUUCUUACCUUCUUACGUCAAUUACGCUUUCUUUCUUUCUUUCUUUCUUUCUUUCUUACGUCAAUUACGCUUUCUUUCUUUCUUUCUUUCUUUCCUUCUUUCUUUCUUUCUUUCUUACCUUCUUACGUCAAUCACGCUUUCUUUCUUUCUUUCUUUCUUUCUUUCUUUCCUUCUUUCUUUCUUUCUUUCUUACCUUCUUACGUCAAUUACGCUUUCAUUCUUUCUUUCUUUCCUUCUUUCUUUCUUACCUUCUUACGUCAAUUACGCUUUCUUUCUUUCUUUCUUUCUUUCCUUCUUUCUUUCUUACCUUCUUACGUCAAUUACGCUUUCUUUCUUUCUUUCUUUCCUUCUUUCUUUCUUUCUUUCUUACGUCAAUUACGCUUUCCUUCUUUCUUUCUUUCUUUCCUUCUUUCUUACCUUCUUACGUCAAUUACGCUUUCUUUCUUUCUUUCUUUCCUUCUUUCUUUCUUUCUUUCUUUCUUACCUUCUUACGUCAAUUACACAUUCUUUCUUUCUUUCUUUCCUUCUUUCUUUCUUUCUUUCUUUCUUUCUUACCUUCUUACGUCAAUUACGCUUUCUUUCUUUCUUUCUUUCUUUCUUUCCUUCUUUCUUUCUUUCUUUCUUUCUUUCUUACCUUCUUACGUCAAUUACGCUUUUUUUCUUUCUUUCUUUCUUUAUUACAUGGGCUUAAUUUCCUAUACCGGAAAUUUGCGUUCGGGUUGCAAUCUCAGAUUCCAUAUCCCCCAUUCUUUGGUAUCUGGGAAAUCUUCCGCGCACUCAAAGACCGCGAUGUCAGUGCCUUUAGUGUGGAAUGUCCUGACAAAAACACUAUAAUCGGAUAUCUAUCUAUCUAUCUAUCUAUCUAUCUAUCUAUCUAUCACAAAUGUAUAAACAUAAUAUAUAUAUACAUAUAUAAUUCUCUUCAUAUCUAUCUAUCUAUCUAUCUAUCUAUCUAUCUAUCCAGUUAUGUGCAUAUCUAUCUAUCUAUCUAUCUAUCUAUCUAUAUAUAUAUAUAUAUACGUAUAUCUAUCUAUCUAUUUCUCUUUCUUUCUUUCUUUCUUUCUUUGAUUUGUCUGUACUGUGCAAUUAUAUUCAUAUCUAUCUAUCUAUCUAUCUAUCUAUCUAUCUAUCUAUCUAUCCAGUUAUUUUUAUGUAAUUCUCCAUUUCACAUUCUCCCGAUCUAUCGAUCUAUCUAUCUAUCUAUCUAUCUAUCUAUCUAUCUAUCUAUCUAUCUAUCUAUCUAUCAAGGCUCUCCAUUAUCUAUCUAUCUAUACAAGACUCUCCAUUAUCUAUCUAUCUAUCUAUCUAUCUAUCUAUCUAUCUAUCUAUCUAUCUAUCUAUCUAUCUAUCUAUCCAAGCCUUUCGAUUAUCUAUCUAUCUAUCCAAGCCUCUCCAUUAUCUAUCUAUCUAUCUAUCUAUCUAUCUAUCUAUCUAUCUAUCUAUCAAAGACUCUCCAUUAUCUAUCUAUCCAAGCCUCUCCAUUAUCUAUCUAUCUAUCUAUCUAUCUAUCUAUCUAUCUAUCUAUCUAUUUGCUGAUCCCUCUGUGCCUUUUCUCUUUCUCUAUUUCUCGCUCGGGACGCUAUCGAUUCUUCCUCUUUCUUUCACUCACGACUAUAUUUCCCCUUUUUCUUAGUAAUCGUUGCCUCAUCUCGGUUCUUCCCACCCUCACCCUCUAUUUUACGGGGGAAGCCUCGCUAAAAAAGAAAAAAGGUUAA